GGACUCCUGUUUCUUAAUGCAUAACUGUUUUUCACAAGAUCCAUCUUCACUUAGGAGUAGCUUACUGUUUUUUGCAGUGAGUUGUGUCCACAGUAGAACAUGGGCAGUUAAUAAAUUUUGGAUGGUAACAUGUAUGUAUCAGAAAACACAAACAUUUGUUUCAGUACUUCAGACAAGUGCAAUAUCUGGUUUGUCUUCAUGAAACGUCUGUGUCACUAAUGUAAUUUAGAGGAAGACCUUAAAAAACGCAGUUACAGCAGCUACUUUAAAAAUGUGGACAAGUUUGAAUAUAAUGUUUGCAGUGAAGGAAACAGUCUUUCAUAUUCUGAUUCUGUGGUUAGGCCUGGGAGGUUUGUAAGCACGUGAGAAACAACUGAGUAAUGGAAAUAGAGCUCCUUAAACAAGAUGCAGGUUCUAUUUGUGCUCAGCUGGAAGGAAGAUGUUGCAAAUGAGGAAAUGGCUGAAAGACUGUCUCUUCGGAAGCAUCGCUUUAUGCAUUUUGCAUCACUGGAGUAUGAAGGAGAAUAUUACAUGACACCAAGAGAUUUCUUGUUCUCAGUAAUGUUUGAUCAAGUUGAACGUAAAGCCUCAGCCAAGAAACUGACAAAAAAGGAGGUGGAUGCUGCACUGCUAUAUGUUACAAAAGCCAAACCGGGACCGACCUUUUUCAGAGAGCUUGGUGAUAAAGGGUUGAUAUCUUAUGCAGAGUACCUGUUUUUGCUGACCAUCCUAACAAAACCCCAGACUGGAUUUAAGAUUGCUUUUAAAAUGUUGGAUACAGAUGGCAAUGAGCAAGUUGAAAAGAAAGAAUUCUUUAAGCUACAAAGAAUCAUUGGGAAGGAAGAUGAUUUGAAAACAGCUGGAGAUGAAACAGUAUUUCAGGGAGCAGAACUGGAAGGCUGUGAUGUUAAUACCAUCUUGUUGGUACAUUUCUUUGGAAAAGAAGGAAAGGAAAAACUUCGCUAUUCUGAGUUUUUCAGGUUCAUGGAAAAUCUGCAAACAGAAGUGCAAGAAAUGGAAUUCAUACAGUUUUCCAAGGGUUUGGAUGUCAUGAGAAAAGAGGACUUUGUGGAGUGGUUGCUGUAUUUCACUGAUGAGGAAAACAAUGAAAUUUACUGGCAGAAUGUGAAGGACAGAUUUGAGGCAGGAGAGAAUAUCAGUUUGGAAGAAUUCAAGACUUUUUGCAAGUUUACAAACAACCUGGAAGACUUUUCUAUUGCCAUGCACAUGUUUACUGUAGCUAAUCGUCCUGUUAAACGGGCUGAGUUCAAGAGAGCAGUGAAGGUGGCAACAGGACAGGAGCUCUCAGAUAACGUUCUGGAUACCAUCUUCAAGAUUUUUGACCUGGAUGGAGAUGACUGCCUCAGCCACAGCGAGUUCCUCGGAGUCCUGAAGAACCGAAUUCAUCGAGGUUUGAGGGUACCACAACAGCAAGGCAUUCACGGUUACUGGAAGUGUGUGAAAAGAGAAAGCAUUAAAGGAGCAAAGGAAUUGUGGAAGCAAGCUGGGAAAAGCCCUUUUUAAGAGAGUCCAUUGUUCUUUUGCUAUAAAUGUUGUUACUUAGUGGUUUUUUUUGUCUGUCCUGUUUACAUAACAGUUGAAUCAAAAAUACUCUUUUUUACUAUAGCUAAACUUUAACCCAAUUUCUAAUGCAAUAAUUUUGUAUUGUUCUAGUGCAAUCAGUUUGGUUUACAGAACUGUUAUCACAUUUGACCUCCAUACGAUAACACUCUUGCUCUAGGGAAUAGUGUUGUUUAUUCCCUUGUGGAGUCUGACCCUGCACUGUAGCAUAUGGGAUGCGUAGGAUUUUAAAUGGCCACUGGCAGGAACAUCACAGCAUUGUUGUCUCCUGCUGGAAGAGUGGUCACCAUCUCAGUCAGCCACUAACACGGCAGUUCUUUCCCUGGCAAGGACAGAGGUCCAAAAGGCGAAACCACUUGUACAAUCCAUGCAAAUCAAGUAAUCCGAAAUCAAAAAGGAAAACUCGUAUGGCUUGUGCCCUCAUUACUGUGAACUGCUUGUGUGUUAGUUCCUGGUGGAUGGUUCCACCAGGUCCUGUGUGGAUGUCUACCUUCAUGAUGAUACCAUUAAACUGGAAAUACAAGACUGCUGAUACAGGCUUUAAAAGUUAUACAUUGAUCUAUGAAUGUGCAUUGAGUCUCUCAGACCUCUUCAACAAAUAGUAUAAAUGAGAAGCAAAAAUCCUAGUUCUGUCACAAACAGUGGUAGCUACAAUUUGAGCCAUAACUAUUUUGCUUUAAUUGUAUUGGUAGAAGGUAAAUGUGUAAUAAAUAUUUACUUUGUCUCAGUAAAGGUUGUGACAGGGAAUGCUGCAGUAUCUCAGGAACACAAGGGUGUAAUAAGCAAGUGCUGGGGGAAAAAUAAGUCAAAAAGGUAAAUAAAAAUGUUUAUUACUCCAAAUGCAAAGCUAGUCAUAAGAACUUAAACAGUAAAACAAGGAAUAGAUCAAAAUUAAUGUUCACUAGUUAUAGAUGAACAUUUUUCAGCUGUAACAUGGUGUGUGCAUCUAUGUAUACACAGAUGUGCAUGAUACGUGUGUUUUUCUUACAACCUCAGGAGCCUCUAGUCCCAGAUCCAGAUUAGUCUUCCUGUUUGGACAGUGUAUGUAGGAGACAGACUUACUUACAAAGCUGUCGAGGUUCUUCCUCUUUGCCCCCCGCAGCUGUCUGACUUGCCUAGGCUGGGGUGAAAGGUUGACCUUUCAAGACAGGUUUGUGAUAACGGGCUCAAAAGAUGGACUGAGUAAAUGUCUCAAGAAAAACAACCAUCUCACCACUCCACGAGGAAGUAUCCAUUCCUUUUAAGCAUGACACUAGCUGUGUGAUUCUCAAAGAUGUAUAUAAGCUUGAUAGGAGGUGUUUUGUUGUAGUUUGUUUGGGUUUUGGUGGGGGGAGCCUUGAGAAGAGGGGAACCUUCCAUGAUAGACAGAUAACCAGAACAGCCCUCACUUGGUUGGGGGGCAGGAGAGAUUGCAUUAGGAAGCCAUAAAGAUCCCACGUAAGGAGUACUGAGAUUGCAAAUAAUGCUUUUGGUAUGCCAGUGGCCAUCAGGCAAGCUUGUGCUAAGGAGGAGUCCUCCCAAGCCUCAGCACAGUGGUCUUUCUAGAGAGGUUGACCAAGAAGUAAGCAAAGCAGCAACAUGCGACUGCCCGCUGCUCUUCCCUGUGCAGCUUUAACUUGGAGCUUUAACUUAAACUGUGUCAAAGAAAAAUGCUUCUACUUGUGUGAUCUCUGGACAUGUACCACGAGUCAUCCACCAGAACAGGAGCAUGCCUUUGUUAGUGUCCUGAGACCUGCCUAGAAAAUCAGGUACCAAUGACUGCCAAGGAUACCUUUGCUUCCCUCAGGAAACCGUCAGGAUGAAAUAAAAUGCAAUAAAUGCCUCUGCCUCUCCCCCUUAGACUGAAUUGAUGGACCUGCUCUGUGGGCAACAAGAAGUGAGGCAGCUGUUUUCACUUUGUGCUGUUGGAAGCUGCUUGUUUCUUCUGGUGAUGGGAGCUAUGAGUAAGAGAGAGCAACUGGGGGCAAAGGUGGGACUGUGGGGCUGGCAUGGAAGUACCACAGCCAGUUUCACAUCACCAAAUAAAUAAUAAAAUAAAAAAAGACACAAUGAAGCAAGAUACGUAUGUAUCACAAAAGCUAUGUGCUCAUCCAAAGAGGGCUUUUUUCCAGCUCUGCCUUUAAUGCAAAGCUGCCUUUUACUUGUUGCUGUUAAUAUUUUGGCAAAUAUUUUUUUUCUUUGGAAUGGAGAUUAUUCUGUAGCAUAUUAUUCUGUGAAUUGUUAAUAGGUUUAUGAUGUUCUUUAUUGCUUUUGUGGUUUCUUUUGUUUAUCAGUGACAUGCUUCCUACAAGCUGUUUGGUUUUCUGUUGGAAAAAUCAAUCCAUCUAGCUUUAGUGUAUCUAGAAGUGUAAUGCCUCAUUGCUCAUCUGUAUCUGGGUUCAUGCAAUCAGCAAUAUCUGCUUUUGGCAGCAAGUUACUAAAAAUGGAUUUCAACUUUUAUUUCUUAGCAAAUGAUCUGGUGUCAAGUUCAGAGGAAAAAGAAAACAGAUCUGCUUAUUUUAAAAUGAACUUUGUGUCUAUAGUAAAUAAGAAAUGGGAUAAUUGAUCAGGAAUUGAAGUGCAGUUAAGAAACAUUUUCUACUCUGAAAGUACAACCAGGAAGGAAUUCCUCUGAAAGCCAGGGAAGACUUGUCCCUGGAAGAAUCAGGCUUUGUGUUUAACUUGUAGUCGAUUUUUGUUUGUCUUCACUAAAAAGAUUUGCAAAACAGUCUUAAAAUAAUUUCUCAGAUAAAAUAUCUUAGACUGAAAGAGCUGUUUACAUAAGUGUUCAGAUUGAUCUUGUCUUUUAAGGAAUCCAUCAUAGUUUUAACUUUUUUUUUAGUUCCUUGUAGUAACUGUAUGGUAUUUGCAAGCUGUCUGUCAACAUUGCUCAACACCAUUUCUUUAAAUGUUUAUGCCUACUGCCAAUAUAUCAGUUAAAUGUAUCAAUUAUGACUUUUUUUAAGCCUUCCUCUGAACAGAAAUAUAUAGAAGAAUGAAAUAAAAUCAGAUGUUAAAAAAAACCUCCAUCGUUGCUUAUGAGUGUCAUUUGGAAUAAAAAUGUA